CUAACAUGGCGGCCUCCGGGACCUGCCUUCUAUGGAGCUACUGCGGCCGUGGGUGGUCGCGGGCGAUGCUGGCCUGUCGGCUCCCGGGGUUUCGUAGCUCCUCGUCCGGGGGCCCUCUGGGUGCGCGGCUCUUGUCCCACGAGAAGCAGUCGACUGAAACGCACUUCGGGUUUGAAACGGUAUCGGAGAAGGAGAAGGGAGGCAAAGUCUACCACGUGUUCGAAAGUGUGGCCAAGAAGUACGAUGUGAUGAAUGAUAUGAUGAGUCUUGGUAUCCAUCGUAUUUGGAAGGAUUUGCUGCUCUGGAAGAUGCACCCGUUUCCUGGGACGCAGCUGCUCGAUGUUGCUGGAGGCACAGGUGAUAUUGCAUUCCGGUUCCUUAAUUAUGUUCAGGCUCAGCAUCAGAGGAAGCAGAAGAAGCAGUUAAGAGCCCAACAGAAUUUAUCAUGGGAGGAAAUUGCCAAAAAGUACCAGAGUGAAGAGGACUCUUUGGGUGGUUCCCAUGUCAUGGUCUGUGACAUCAACAAGGAGAUGCUCAAAGUUGGAAAGCAGAAAGCACAUGCUCAAGGAUAUAAAGCUGGACUUACUUGGGUAUUGGGAGAUGCUGAAGAACUGCCCUUUGGCGAUGACAAGUUUGAUGUUUACACUAUUGCCUUUGGGAUCCGGAAUGUGACACACAUUGAUCAGGCACUCCAGGAAGCCCAUCGGGUCCUGAAACCAGGAGGACGGUUUCUUUGUCUGGAGUUUAGCCAAGUGAACAAUCCCCUCAUAUCCAGGCUUUAUGAUCUAUAUAGCUUCCAGGUCAUUCCUGUCAUGGGAGAGGUCAUCGCAGGAGACUGGAAGUCCUACCAAUACCUUGCAGAGAGUAUCCGAAAGUUCCCGUCUCAGGAGGAGUUCAAGGAGAUGAUAGAAGAUGCAGGUUUUCAGAAGGUGACGUAUGAAAGUCUAACAUCAGGCAUCGUGGCCAUUCAUUCUGGCUUCAAACUGUAACUCCUUUCCGAUCCUGUCAAAAGCCUGGAACUGAAGGGUAAUCCGGCUAAGGAGGCCAGCAGCAGAACAUCUCCUCUUAAGGAUGUGUGCCUUGAACUCAUGUUGAGUGACCAGUCUCAAAGUGGGAGAAAUCAAUUUCUGUCACUUUAUUGUAGCUUUCAUUAGGAGCCAUUUCAGACCUUCUCCCAGGGAGGAUAUCUGGUCUGUUUUUUUGCUCAAAUCCUGCUAACUUUUCUUGGCUGUGCAGUAUGUGGUUGAGGUAAAACCAGCACUAAAGCUCAGGUUUGAGGUGUAUUUAUAGCUUCCCUGUCAGUGCUGCCUUCCAGGGGGAUAAAGGAUCAUUUGAAAUCAAUAAUUUGAACUAGAAAAUUUCCUAACUGUACCUGAGUUAACCUUUCAUCCUAGGACUGAAGCUGGGGCCAAAAGUGAAGGCCCAAGUCAAAGGGCUAGCAGUAACUACUAAAGUUGUGUGCUGAACCAGUAACUGAGUUUACAGUUUACAGUGUUUGUCAAUUUUCCUUGGGAAGAGAGUGGGAAAGUAUAUUCUUUCCAUUCUCUUCAACCAAAAGACACAAUUGUAUCCUCAGUGCCUAUCAUAAGGAAACAACUCACUAAAUACUUGCUGAAAGAAUAAAUGUACCAGCAAACUCCUGCUUUCAAGUCUUCUAUAGCAAAUUCUUUGGAAGAAAACAUUU